CAUGACAUUGACAUUGCAACAAAUGGCCAAUUCAGAUCACGUGCGUGAAUAUUCUCCUUCCUCAGACUCAGAAUUCGAAGUUUACCUCCUCCACAAAUUCUCAAAUGGAAGGCCGAUUGGAGCAAGCAGCAGCCUUGGGCCAAAAGGACAAAGGACCUGCUUUUAUCUCACUUAUAAAUGAGAUAAUAUCUCGUUCUGAUCAAUCAACAGUCGCUCGGGAUAUACCAACGCUAGUAGGCUUUGUUGUUAACCAGGAAUCUGUUGGUCUCGUUGUCGGUCGGCAAGUACUGUCUGAGCUUGUCAGAAUUGUUGGAGAUGGUACUAUCUCGGAUCCUGAAGUGCGAAAGCGCGUAGUACAAGAAACUAUAGAAACUACUCAACCCAAGAUAGUCAGUUACGAGGAACAAGUUAGCAAUUUAAGGUUCCAAUUGGCAGAUAUAUACGAGAAUGAAGAAGAAUGGAGCGAUGCUGCUCGAGUCUUGAUGGGUAUACAGUUAGAUUCUAACCAAAGAUCUUUGCCUGAUGGCGAGAAGAUGCGAGUAUAUGUGCGAAUAGUUCGUCUACUGCUAGAAGAAGAGGACUCUGUGCAAGCGGAAUCAUACUUCAAUCGUGCACAACUUCUCGUUCAUUCUACAACCGAUAAAGAAACCCUACUGCAAUUUAAAUUAUGUCAAGCUAGAAUUAGUGACUACAGUCGAAAAUUUUUGGAAGCAGCUAGCCGCUAUCACGAACUUAGUUUCGUGGCAGAUAUUGACGAGGAAGAGCGACGCCACAUGCUAAUGGCUGCAGUGACCGCCGCUGUCCUAGCACCGGCAGGUCCUAAUCGAUCUCGCGUAUUAGCUUCGCUAUACCGCGAUGAACGAACUACCGAACUCCCUACCUACAACAUCUUAUCUAAGAUGUUUUUGGACCACAUCCUCCGACCAGCAGAAAUCAAAGAAUUUGAAGGCACUCUCAAGCCUCAUCAGCUAGCCAAAAUAGCUAUUUCGUCCAAUGAUCGAGUUGCUACAUCUACCAACGAUGAAGAAAUCGAUACCCCUAGCGAUCCACCUAUAAGCACGCGUACCGCCCCAGCUACUGUCCUUGACCGUGCGGUCAUGGAGCACAACCUGCUCGCCAGUUCCAAAAUAUACCACAACAUCAGUUUUCGCGGUCUCGGCGCUCUACUCGAUUUGACUCCCGGCGCUGCAGAAAAUAUGGCUCGGAAGAUGAUAGAACAAGGUCGACUCCGAGGCACCAUUGACCAGGUGGAUAAGCUCAUUUGGUUCGAGGGGAACCAUGAGGAAGACGAUGCCCAGGGGAAGGCAGGAGGUCUGGGAGAGGUUGAGGAAGCAGAGGAUACUGGCGCUCCUUUUACAAAGCGUUGGGAUGCACAAAUCCGAAUAACUGCCGCAAACGUACGUCCAUCUCAUUCCAAUGGACAUGAACAUUAUACUGAUGUAGAAUGCCCAGGUUGAAUCCAUCGUCCAGCAUUUGACAGAACGAGGUCUGGUCAGAGUGCACUCCAUAAACGGAUCAAUCUCUGUAAUAUUACUCGCGCUUCUUCUUCUUGGCACGUUUUGUUUCCAGUUCAUGCCACUCGCCCUCUAGGGUAGCAAGACUAGGGGACCAUUGAGGUAAGAUCAGACAAGAAGCAAGUUCACGAGAUGUCCUUACCUGGUGGGUUUUUCUGCCAUAGG